UAUCUGCUGGACUCGUAGCAGUCAGAUCACUAAGUGACAUCGGAGCAGAGCGACGAUGACAUGCUGGUUAUUUUCCCCAUAAUUGCAAGUGGAUGGUCCUUCAUUAAAAUUACGGUCAGCGGUGUUUUGUUGACACUAGUAGCGAUAUGUCUCUUACUGUCUUUUUGGGUCUCCUACUGGCAUCUGGUGGCUUUCCACUUGUUCGGAGCACCUGUCCUUCCCAAUGCAGCUGCUUUUAUCAUAACCUGAGUGAUGGAUCAAGAGCCAGGAGCGUGAUUUGCAACGAUCCCGAGAUUUCCCUGGUGCCCGCCACGUUCCCAGGCGACACCUCGAAACUUCGGAUUGAAAAGUCGGCCAUUAAGAGGAUCCCGAGCGAGGCUUUUAGCUACCUCUCUAACUUAGAAUUCCUUUGGAUGUCUUUUAACGUUUUAUCCUCUCUCAACUCGGACAGUUUCCGGGGCUUGUACAGUUUAGAGGAACUAAGGCUCGAUGGAAAUUCGCUCACUUCGUUUCCAUGGGAAUCCCUUAUGGACAUGCCCAGUCUGAGGCUACUCGAUGUACACAACAACCAGCUGUCCUUAGUACCAUCUGAGGCUGCUCCCUACAUGAAAAAUGUAACCUACCUGGAUUUAUCCAGCAAUAAUCUGCUGACAGUACCAUCUGAGGUCCUCAGUACUUGGUUGACAGUCAAACCCAUCCAAGGAGCAGAAAGUUCAAAAAUGAUCCUUGGUCUUCAUGACAACCCCUGGUUGUGCGAUUGCCGAUUAUACGACCUGGUCCAGUUCCAGAAGUCUCCCAGUCUGUCGGUGGCUUUCAUUGAUACGAGGCUCAGGUGCGCCGAUCCAGAGAGCCUCUCUGGAGUUCUGUUUAGCGAUGCUGAGCUCAGGCGCUGCCAGGGGCCUCGCGUCCACACGGCCGUAGCCCGGGUGAGGAGCGCAGUGGGCAACAAUGUCUUACUGCGAUGCGGAACCAUUGGGGUUCCCAUCCCUGAUCUGGCCUGGAGAAGGGCAGAUGGGAAGCCACUGAAUGGGACAGCUCAACUGGAGAAUUUGAAGGAGGGAAUAGUUUGGUCUAUUUUAAGCGUGCCUGCCGUGUCCUAUCGUGACACGGGAAAAUACAUCUGCAAAGCAACAAAUUAUGCAGGGAGUGCAGAAGCCGUCAUUUCUUUGAUCAUAAGCGAUGCUCCCAAAGCUGAGAAUCCGACUGUGGAUCCAAAAACCAAAGUAAAGUCCAAGAAGCCAAACCCAAUAGUCAAGGCAGCCUAUCAAGAAAAACACAUCGCCAGAUAUGUUUCCCCAACACCCAACAAUGCACUACCACUUGGUGCCACCGUGAGCUACACAGGCCCAUAUCCAGGUAUGGAAAGCGACAAUGCCGCUAACAGUCGGACGAAUACCCAAACGGCCAGUCCUGAUGGGUUCUUAGAGACCAAUCUGAGCAACCUGGCCGCAAACACAUCCUCACUGCAGCAAGACCCUGAUAGGAUUGUGCGCUCGGUGAAAGUGAUUGGCGAUACGGACUACACUGUGUGUCUGAACUGGAGGGCACCGACCGCCAAGAGCACAACAGCUUUCAGCGUCCUCUACGCUGUGUUUGGCGAGAGGGAUAUGCGCAGAAUUAACGUCAGUCCAGGCAACAACCGGAUCAUCAUUGAGGUACUGGUUCCAAAAACCAAAUACAUCGCCUGUGUGUGUGUCAAGGGGCUGAUCCCCAAAAAGGAGCAGUGUGUAAUCUUCUCAACAGAUGCAGCGGCAAGCGCUAAUGGAACCCAAAAGCUCAUUAAUGUAGUAGUAAUCACGGUUGCCUGCGUGAUAGCCGUUCCUCUGACUGUGAUCGUGUGCUGCGGGGCACUUAAGAGGAAAAUCAAGAAGUUUCUGGGCAAAAAGCCCAAAGACAUUCAGGACUCGUAUGUGGCGUUUGAGACUCUGUCUCCUAGUACCAAGGCCAAAGGCUUGGAGGGGGAAUAUCUCAACAGACUGAAUACAGAGGAGUCCAACAGACUGCUGUCAGCCCGGUCCAGCCUCGACUCGGAGUCCACGGCUAAGAUUGAGGGGCAGCCCAACGAAUAA